UAAAAAUGGAGAUGUUGAUGAAGAUCAUUGGAGGGCAAUUUAUUUUCUGUUGUGUGUUUUUCCAUGUUCUUGUUGCUGGUGGUGAGAGUCUAGAAGCACCAGAACUUAAGAAAAAUUGCACAUAUGUGAUCACCAUAGAAACCACAUGUACAUGGGGAGCUGAAACCUCAAAUCUUGUGAGUCUAAGGUUUGGUGACACAAACUCCAAUGGCAUAUUGGUGAGACACCUAAACUCCAAGCACUUAAGAAAAGUUGACCCUUUGGAUCCUAGGGUUCUUGAUGACAUGCCAAGGAAACCAUUCCAAGCAUGCAUGGUGGACCAAUUUGAGGUCACAGCACCAUGUGUUGAGUCUCCCAUCUGUUAUUUAUAUCUCAAGCUCGUUGGAAACGAUGAUUGGAGACCAGGUUUUGCUCAGAUUCAAGUUCUUGAAGGCUCUCAUCUCAAUUCUGAUUAUUUUUAUUUUAGAAGAUUUGUGCCUAGACAUGUCUGGCAUGGCUCUGAUGUGUGUGAUAGUGAGGUUACACCCUUUGGACUCAAGAAGAAGAAAAAGGUUUCUGUGAACAUUCCAUGAGUUUAGUCAUGUAAUUUCAUGUUACUUUUUAUUUUCAUUUUCGAUCUUUCUUUUGACUAAGUGAGGAAAAAAAAUUGGUUCUUCUUAAUGUUUAAACUAACUGAAUAUUGUCUUUAAAGUAAAGAGUAAAUGUAUAGUAGUGUUGUAAAAUGUACCUUACCUUACCAACAAAUAACGUAAUAAACUAGGGAGAGUGUUAAG